UGUCCGAUGAGAAAACAAGGCGGCUUUUUUGUCGCAGAAAAUAAGAGUAUUCUUUGUGUGAUAUGUAGCAGCGAUUAGACUCUUUUUCUACACAUCCACAGUCUUUGGAGAAUUAAACGUGGUCCAUAUGUUGUUAUGAUGUGUCAAGGAAACGGAACUCCUCUGCUGCAGGUAUGGCUGUAGAUUCCAUCAUGCUGGACAAAACCAAUGAUACAGAGCAAGAGACUCUGCAAUGUUCAGACUGUGGGUGCAGUUUCAGCCCACCAGAGCUGAACACUGCAACAGAGUCAACCACCUCUUCAGUCCCUUCUCAGCAGCAAGAAGCAGGCAGUUCUUCAAAAUGCCCAUCCUGCAAAGCCGGCUGUGCUCUCCCCAGUGAUCAACUUUUGGAGAAAUGCUCCCGCCUGAAGCCUCACAAUUGUUCGCUGUGCACCAAAAGCUUCAUAACUUCUGCUCACCUGAACCUUCACCUCUCCUUUCACAACAAGGAAAAGAAGUUCAAAUGUAACACCUGUGGAAAGUUCUUCUACCAGGCCUCCCACCUGAUUGCACACGAGGUGAUCCACAGCGGCAACAGGCCAUUUAAAUGCCCAGAGUGUGGCAAAUGCUUUGUCCGUGCCUCUCACCUUAAGACCCACCGUCGGUUGCACACUGGCGAGAAGCCCUUUAAGUGCAGCUACUGUUGCAAGGCCUUCACCCAAAAGUCUGGACUCCUGUCACACGUUCGCCAACAUACAGGGGACCAUCUAUUCAAGUGUGAGCAGUGUGGUGAGACCUUCCCCUCUUUGCAUAUCCUGCUCGCUCAUAAGGCUCAAGAGUCCUCUGGACAAGAAGGGCCAGUGCCCGUACCAGCACCCACUCAAACACCAGUACCCACUCCAACACCAGCACCCGCUCCAGUAGCAGCAGCUGUUCCAACUCCAGCACCACGUGCACCUGCCUUUGCUCAAGCAACAACACUGAAGGAGCCUGAAAAGGCAGAAAGCAGUCUAGAUGACCUGAAGUGUGGCGUCUGCUGUCGAACCUUCGUACGAUCAUCCUACAUAAGAUUGUGCAUACGCUUGAGCAAAGGCCAGCGGCCCUAUCACUGCAAAGUAUGCAACAAGACCUUUGUCAAGAUGGAUACCUUUGUGAACCACUGUGAUAAACACCUGAGACAGAAAAAGGAUCACAAGGCAGUUCAAGACAAAGUCGUUAAACCUCCCCUGUUUGUUCCGCUCUCCAAGCCCCCUUCACCACAACCCUUGCCUACUUUGUCUGUCUCCGCAGAGGUCAGCACACGCUCCAAAACAAAGACCAAGAGUAAAACAGAGCUGUGACCACAAAGACUGGACUCCUUAUGACUAAAACAGUCUUUGACCAAUAAUGUGUCAUUGCCAUAUGGCACAGACGGCAUAUUGUGAACACUAAAUGCUGAUGUAGGAGAGGAGUGUCGUAAGAAAAUAGGAGUAAAUAGGAAAAAAGUACAUUAGAGAUUAGAGGUUUUGAUAUGUUAAGCAGGAUGACUAAAACGGGAAAUAUACUUAAAAACUAAAAAAAAAUAAUCCUGUAACUAUUUUUUACGAGGAAUGUCCCCAUUCUAUGCUGCUUAGGAACAGGCUUCAUACAGCCUGAUACAGUUCUGAUGUUUUGUUUGCUCAGUGUACACCAACAGUUCUAACAGCUUGUCAGGCACCGC